AGAGGAGGAAGAGGAAGAGGCGGAGCGGCCGCGGAGCCGCAGCCGAGCCCGGCAGGGUCGGGGGGCUCCGGGACCGCCGCCCCCACCCCGCAGGGCAGGAGCUGAGGAUGGAGAACAGGGAGGACAAAUCCCCACGGCAGAACCUCAUGGAAAAGGACAAUUUGAGUAAUUCCACGGUGCAGGAACCUGACGGGGAGGACAAUCCAUGGAGAUCCCACACAAGGAGGGGCUGCAAACUCAUAUCUCAGGGAUCUGAGGAGGAAAGACCCACCCAGUGCUGGGAAGGUGGGCAGAAAUCCAUCCAGAAUUUGGAGCUGGAGGUUCCUGAGCAGCUCCACGAUGAGGAGAAGCCCCACAAGUGCUCCCCAGGGCCGGAGCUGAGGGUGGAGAACACGGAGGACAAAUCCCUGCAUCAGAACUUCAUGGAAAAGGACAAUUUGAGUAAUUCCAUGGCACAGGAACCCAACGGGGAGGAAAAUCCAUGGAGAUCCCACAUGAGGAGGGGCUGGAAACCCAACCCAGGGUGCUCUGAGGAGGAAAGACCCACCCUGGGAUGGGCAGGUGGACAGAAAUCCAGCCAGAAUUUGGAGAAUUUGGUCCCUGAGGAGCUCCACGAUGAGGAGAAGCCCCACAAGUGCUCCCCAGAGCCGGAGCUGAGGAUGGAGAACAGGGAGGACAAAUCCCUGGGUCAGAACCUCCUGGAAGAGGCCGAUUUGAGUAACUCCAUGGCUCAGGAAUCCGACGGGGAGGAAAAUCCAUGGAGAUCCCACAUGAGCAGGGGUUGGAAACCCAACCCAGGGUGCUCUGAGGAGGAAAGUCCCACCCUGGGCCAGGAAGGUGGGCAGAAAUCCACCCAGAAUUUGGAGUUUGUGGUCCCUGAUCAGCUCCACGAUGAGGAGAAGCCCCACAAGUGCUCCCCAGGGCAGGAGCUGAGGGUGGAGAACACGGAGGACAAAUUCCUGUGUCAGAACUUCGUGGAAGAGGAUGAUUCCUCCACGGCACAGGAACCCAACGGGGAGGACAAUCCGUGGAGAUCCCAGAUGAGGAGGGGUUGGAAACCCAGCCCAGGGUGCUCUGAGGAGGAAAGACCCACCCUGGGCUGGGGAGAUGAGCAGAAAUCCAGCCAGAGUUUGGAUUUGGAGGUCCUUGAGGAGCUCCACGAUGAGGAGAAGCCCCACAAGUGCUCGGACUGCGGGAAGAGCUUCACGUGGAGGUCCCGCCUGCUCCGCCACCAGAUGAUCCACACGGGGGAGAAACCCUUCGAGUGCCCCGAGUGCGGGAAGGGCUUCAGGGACAGCCCCCAGCUCACGGCCCACCACCGCGUCCACACCGGGGAACGGCCCUUCGAGUGCUGGGAGUGCGGCCAGAGCUUCACCCGCAGCUCCCACCUGACGUCCCACCGGCGCAUCCACAGCGGGGAGCGGCCCUUCGAGUGCCCCGAGUGCGGGAAGAGCUUCCAGACCAGCUCCCUGCUCCUGGUGCACCAGAGGACCCACACGGAGGAGAAACCGUUCCGCUGUCCCCACUGCGGGAGGGGCUUCAAGCACAGCUCCCACCUGACCCGCCACCGCCGUGUCCACACCGGGGAACGGCCCUACAAAUGUCCCCAGUGCGGGAAGAGCUUCAGGACCAGCUCAGUCCUGAACCAGCACCAGUGGAGACACCGGAGAUAGCGCCAUCCCCAGCCAUGCCAGGAUCCAUCCCAGCCGUGCCAGAUCCAUCCCAGCCGUGCCAGAGCCAUCCCCAGCCGUGCCAGGAUCCAUCCCAGCCGUGCCAGGAUCCAUCCCAGCCGUGCCAGAUCCAUCCCCAGCCGUGCCAGGAUCCAUCCCA